CGGCGGCGGCGGCGGCGAGGGGCGCGGCGAGGGGCGGCCGCUCCCAUAUAAGGCGCAGGCGCCGCCCCCCGACGUCACCCUCUGACAGCGCCGCUCCCGGGGGCUUCGAGUUUUGGCUCCCGGGAAAGGGUCCAUUCCUCGGGGAGAGCGGGCUGAGUUUUGUGCGCCUCGUCCGCUGCGCGCGCCGCUCCGGGCCCCGCCGCGCCCCGCCUGCGCCCGGGACCGCGCCGCGCCGCUCACUGCCCCGUUUAUUUGUCUUUGGAGCAGGCGGGCCGCGCCAGACGCGGGCGAUCCCGCAGUGUCCUGCAGCCGCGGCCGCCGCCGGGCGAGGAUGACACCGCGCUGAGCGCGCCGCAAACAACAACAACAACAAGCGCCGCCGCCGCCGCCGCCGCCGCCGCCUCCGCGCCCGCGGCCGUCCGGAGCGCGCGGCCGCCCGUGCAGGCGGCGCCGGCCGGGACGGGCUGAAGCCGGCGGCGCGCCGGAGCGCAGGCGCCGCGCAGGGCGAGCGCGGCCAGGGCAGCCGCCUGCCGCCGGGCGCCGGGCGCCGCCGCUCGCCGAAGCGCGUCGGGCCGGGAGCCGCGGCCGCCGCCAGCUGUGUUCAUGUUUGGGAUCCAGGAGAAUAUUCCGCGCGGGGGGACCACCAUGAAGGAGGAGCCGCUGGGCAGCGGCAUGAACCCCGUGCGCUCGUGGAUGCACACGGCGGGCGUGGUGGACGCCAACACGGCCGCGCAGAGCGGCGUGGGGCUGGCGCGGGCGCACUUCGAGAAGCAGCCGCCGUCCAACCUCCGCAAGUCCAAUUUCUUCCACUUCGUGCUGGCGCUGUACGACCGGCAGGGCCAGCCGGUGGAGAUCGAAAGGACCGCUUUUGUGGACUUUGUGGAGAAAGAGAAAGAGCCCAAUAACGAGAAGACCAACAACGGCAUCCACUACAAACUCCAGCUGUUGUACAGCAACGGAGUCAGGACGGAGCAGGACCUGUAUGUUCGACUCAUAGAUUCAAUGACCAAACAGGCCAUCGUCUACGAGGGCCAGGACAAGAACCCCGAGAUGUGCCGCGUGCUGUUGACCCACGAAAUCAUGUGCAGCCGCUGCUGUGACAAGAAAAGCUGUGGCAACCGGAACGAGACGCCCUCAGACCCCGUGAUCAUCGACAGAUUCUUUCUAAAGUUUUUCCUCAAGUGCAAUCAGAACUGUCUGAAGAAUGCAGGCAACCCUCGGGACAUGCGAAGAUUCCAGGUGGUCGUGUCCACCACGGUCAACGUGGACGGCCACGUGCUGGCCGUGUCCGACAACAUGUUCGUCCACAACAACUCCAAGCACGGGCGGCGGGCGCGCCGCCUCGACCCGUCAGAAGCCACCCCCUGCAUCAAGGCCAUCAGCCCCAGCGAAGGCUGGACCACGGGGGGCGCCACCGUGAUCAUAAUCGGGGACAACUUCUUCGACGGGCUGCAGGUCGUGUUCGGAACCAUGCUGGUGUGGAGUGAGCUGAUCACGCCACAUGCCAUCCGUGUGCAGACGCCACCUCGCCACAUCCCUGGAGUCGUGGAAGUGACGCUGUCCUACAAGUCCAAGCAGUUCUGCAAAGGUGCUCCUGGGCGCUUCGUGUACACGGCCCUCAAUGAACCCACCAUCGACUACGGCUUUCAGCGGUUGCAGAAAGUGAUCCCGAGACACCCCGGGGACCCCGAAAGGUUACCCAAGGAAGUGCUGCUGAAGCGGGCGGCGGACCUCGUGGAGGCCUUGUACGGGAUGCCCCACAACAACCAGGAGAUCAUCCUGAAGCGGGCGGCCGACAUCGCCGAGGCCCUGUACAGCGUCCCCCGGAACCACAACCAGAUCCCCAGCCUGGGCAACACCCCGGCGCACGGCGGCAUGAUGGGCGUCAACUCCUUCAGCAGCCAGCUUGCCGUCAACGUGUCCGAGACGUCCCAAGCCAACGACCAAGUCGGCUACAGUCGUAAUACGAGCAGCGUGUCCCCGCGAGGAUACGCGCCCAGCAGCACGCCCCAGCAGUCCAAUUACAACACAGUCAGCACUAGCAUGAACGGAUAUGGAAGUGGCGCCAUGGCCAAUCUAGGGGUCCCGGGCUCGCCUGGAUUUCUUAAUGGCUCCUCUGCUAACUCUCCCUACGGCAUAGUACCGUCCAGCCCCACCAUGGCAGCCUCUUCGGUCACUCUCCCUUCAAACUGUAGCAGUACACACGGCAUUUUCUCAUUCUCACCUGCCAAUGUCAUCUCCGCAGUGAAACAAAAGAGCGCCUUCGCGCCCGUGGUCCGGCCCCAAGCCUCUCCUCCUCCCUCCUGCACCAGCGCCAACGGGAACGGACUCCAAGGCUCUCUGCUGGGUGCUGAGGACGUUACCGUGGAGAAGACAAACUGGCCCUUUUGUGAAGUCGGUGGCAUAUUUCACUUUGAUGAACUAAUGCUCAAAAAAGGAACUGGAAAGCUAUGUCUGGGCUGGUAGUCCCGCCGAUGUGAGGGGCCGGCGGGCGCCGCCCACAGCACCCAGCACCCGAGGACGGGCUCCCGGGGACGCCGUCGGGUCUCUGAGACUUGCCGGCGGAGACGCGGCCUCCGGGACGUUGGCUGACGCGGUCCCCAAGACUUUGUUGAAAGAGUUUAUUUAAGCGAUCCAGAGUCACCCUGCACACAGCCGACUUCUUCAUGAACAAUUCCAUUUUGCUGACUGGACCUUCUCACACGUUCACGUUUCUCAGUCCUGGAGAACAAGGAGAACAAAGCGACGUCUAUUUUGUACCCAGUCCCGACCCCACCCGGGCCCCCGCGGUCUGGCUCGGGGGAGACUUUGUGAAUGCACAUUUUGAUGACCAUGAAACACUGAGGGGAAAGCCUCCAUUUUUUCUGUGCUCAUCCUUAGAUUCACAAUGGUUGUGUAUCUCUAUAAUGUGAAAUAUUUUUUUGUGGUGGAAAAGGGGCCAGGGGUCUGAGCCAUCAGACCGCGGAAGGUGUCUAUCUGGCUAGGAGAG